AUGUCAGAGACCAGCAUUCCAGAUACAUACAAAGGAAAGGAUUCCGAUGUAGCACAAGAUUGGGCUGAGAGAGGUGUUGUACUCUUCAGUUUUACGAAAGAAGAAGGUACAAGAUACAAUACCUAUAAAUUCCAUAUACGUAUGCUCGUAGUUAAGGAUCCAGCAAAGACUUGCCCAUACUGGACAGAUCAGUUUGUCAAGAUACACUGUGGAAGUUUGUUGGAUCGUUUCAUAGAAACCAAAUUCGCCACUGUAGUUUCAAAAAAGGUUGAGGAAUAUAAAGGUCAGCAAAAGGGUUCUGAGUUCACAAAGGCACUUGAAGACUAUUCGAAGAGUGACUACAUGGAGGACUUAUAUGAUGAUUGA